GUAGUAAAAAAGUAUCAGAUAGCAAACUUGGGACCUUCAUAAAGGCGUGGUGGUGAUACUCCGCAAUCGCUGGCAGCCGAUGACAUCAGCCAAGAACGCCUGGGAUGCCGCUGCUCCUGGCCAAACUCAGAGGAGGAGGAGGGUCCUGCUGGCUAAGAGUUAAUUAGCCCCGCACAGCGAGGGGGGAGCCGCCAGUUUUCUGGGGACACUGGUUUCGGUCACUGGCUGCCACUGUACUCCUACCCAGGGGAGCUCACGGAGAGUUGGAUGAAUUCUGGGUUGUUAGCUGCGGUCAGCUGGGCUCCUGGGAGCCUGUUCCUGGUGGAAAACAGGGGGCGUCUGGCAAAGGGACCAGCGGCUCGCUGAGACUCAACAUGACACUCCUGGGGUCUGAGCACUCUUUGCUGAUUAGGAGCAAGUUCAGAUCAGUUUUGCAGUUACGACUUCAACAGAGAAGGACCCAGGAACAACUGGCUAACCAAAGCAUAAUACCACCACUGAAGAGUCCAACUGAGUCCCAUGAGCAGAGGAAACGUUUGGACAGUGACAAGACUGAAGACACCGUGAAGCGCAAGGUCAGAAACAGGUCCGACCGUGGUGACUUGGUUAAUAUGCACAUACUCCAAGCCUCCACUGCAGAGAGGUCUAUUCCAACUGCUCAGAUGAAGCUGAAAAGAGCCCGACUCGCCGAUGAUCUCAAUGAAAAGAUUGCUCUCCGGCCAGGGCCCCUGGAGCUGGUGGAGAAGAACAUACUCCCUGUUGAUUCUGCUGUGAAAGAGGCCAUAAAAGGUAACCAGGUGAGUUUCUCCAAAUCAGCAGAUGCAUUUGCCUUUGAGGAGGACAGCAGCAGCGAUGGGCUUUCUCCAGACCAGACUCGAGGUGAAGACCCCCAGGGCUCAGCAGGAUCUCCCCCAGACACGAAAGCUGCAGAGACCCCUUUGGCAGGUCCUCUGGGAACAAUCCAGGAUCUUACUUCCGGCUCAGAAAAUGAGAGGAACGACUCUGCCUCACAGCCCAGCAACCAGUCAGACGCGGGGAAGCAGGGGCCUGGCCCGCUCAGCACCCCCAUCCCCGUGCAUGCUGCUGUAAAGUCCAAGUCCUUGAGCGACAGUAAGAACCGCCACAAAAAGCCCAAGGACCCCAAGCCGAAGGUGAAGAAGCUCAAAUAUCACCAGUACAUUCCCCCAGACCAGAAGGCAGAGAAGUCCCCGCCGCCCAUGGACUCAGCCUACGCCCGGCUGCUCCAGCAGCAGCAGCUCUUCUUGCAGCUCCAGAUCCUCAGCCAGCAGCAGCAGCAGCAGCAGCACCGGUUCAGCUACCCCGGGGUUCACCAAGCCCAGCUCAAGGAACCAAACGAACAGAUGGUCAGAAAUCCAAACUCUUCAACAGCGCUGAGCAAUACCCCUUUGUCUCCUGUCAAAAACAGUUUUUCUGGACAAACUAGUGUCUCUUCUCUCAAACCAGGUCCACUCCCAUCAAACCUAGAUGAUCUGAAGGUCUCUGAAUUAAGACAGCAGCUCCGCAUACGGGGUUUGCCAGUGUCAGGCACCAAGACAGCCCUCAUGGACCGGCUUCGGCCCUUCCAGGACUGUUCUGGGAACCCCGUGCCCAACUUCGGUGAUAUAACAACUGUCACCUUUCCUGUGACGCCGACCAACACGCUGCCCAAUUACCAGUCCUCUCCUUCCACCAGCGCCUUAUCCAACGGCUUCUACCAUUUCGGCAGCACCAGCUCCAGCCCCCCGAUCUCGCCUGCCUCGUCUGACCUGUCAGUGGCGGGGUCCCUGCCCGACACCUUCAACGAUGCCUCCCCAUCCUUCGGCCUGCACCCAUCCCCAGUUCACGCCUGCACAGAGGAGAGCCUCAUGAGCAGUCUAAAUGGGGGCUCCAUGCCUUCCGAGCUGGACGGGCUGGACUCCGAAAAGGACAAGAUGCUGGUGGAGAAGCAGAAGGUGAUAAAUGAGCUCACCUGGAAACUCCAGCAAGAACAAAGGCAAGUGGAGGAGCUGAGGAUGCAGCUGCAGAAGCAGAAGAGGAACAACUGUUCUGAGAAGAAGCCACUGCCUUUCUUGGCUGCUCCCAUCAAGCAGGAAGAUGCAGUCUCCAGUUGCCCUUUUGCAUCCCAACAAAUAGCUGUGAAAAGACAAAGCAACAGCUCAGAAGGCCAAUCGCCAGCUUGUGAAGCUGCUCAACUCCUGCCCCUUGGGAACACUCAUUGCGCGGAGCCCUCAGGUCAAACCACCGUACUUUCUUCCACAUUUCUCAGCCCACAGUGCUCCCCUCAGCAUUCACCACUCGGGGCUGUGAAAAGCCCCCAGCAUAUCAGUUUGCCCCCAUCGCCAAACAACCAUUACUUCCUACCCUCCUCUUCAGGCCCUCAAGGAGAAGGGCACAGGGUCUCCUCACCUGCCGGCAGCCAGGUGUGUACUGCACAGAACUCAGGGGCACACGAGGGCCAUCCUCCAAGCUUCUCUCCCCAGCCUUCCAGCCUCCACUCCUCUUUCUCUGGAGCCCAGGCAGACAGCAGUCAUGGUGCUGGGUGCAACUCUUGUCCCAAAAGCCCAGGUGUACAGCAAAAGAUGGCUGGCUUACACUCUUCUGAUAAGGCGGGACCAAAGUUUUCAAUUCCAUCCCCAACUUUUUCUAAGUCAACUUCAGCAGUUCCAGAAAUAACACAGCCUCCGUCCUAUGAAGAUGCAGUAAAACAGCAAAUGACUCGGAGUCAGCAGAUGGAUGAACUCCUGGAUGUCCUCAUUGAAAGUGGAGAAAUGCCAGCCGAUGCCAGAGAGGAUCAUUCAUGUCUUCAAAAAGUCCCAAAGAUCCUCGGGUCUUCCCGAAGCCCUACUGCUGCCCUCCCCAAGCCCUCGGCGUCCUUUGAACACACGUCUUCGGGAGGCCAGCUCCCCUUCGAUCACUAUGGCACCGACAGUGAUGAGCACCUUGAAGUCUUGUUAAAUUCCCAGAGCCCCUUAGGAAAGGUGAGCGAUGUCGCCCUUCUAAAAAUUGGGAGCGAGGAGCCUCCUUUCGAUGGGAUAAUGGAUGGAUUCUCUGGGAAGGCUGCAGAAGACCUCUUCAAUGCACACGAGAUCUUGCCAGGCCCCCUUUCCCCAAUGCAGACUCAGUUUUCACCCUCUUCUGUGGACAGCAAUGGGCUGCAGCUAAGCUUCACUGAAUCUCCUUGGGAAACCAUGGAGUGGCUGGACCUCACUCCACCAAGUUCCACACCAAGCUUUAACUCCCUCACCACCAGCGGGCCCAGCAUCUUUAACAUUGAUUUCCUGGAUGUCACGGAUCUCAAUUUGAAUUCCCCCAUGGACCUUCACUUACAGCAGUGGUAGAAUGCCUGAUGCAAAAGUGCUAAGGAAGACCAAUAGGAAUUCCAUGGGACAGAGCACACACCCAUAAAUACUGAUGUUAUCCAAAGGAGGAGGAGGAGGAGAGGAGGAAGAGGAGGGAAUUAAAAAGAAGUAAUGGAGACUUCUGUGACAAUCAACAAGAACAAAUAGGAGUCUUUUUUUAUAUAGAUAAUGUAAUAUUUACCAACAUUCAGUAACUGUUGAUGAUUUCAGCAAUGCAUUCAAAAAUAUACUUUCUCAGAUCAGAAUGCCAAAACCAAAAUUCUUUCACUGCCUUUUCAAACACCAGUAUUUUUUCUAGCCCAUAAUUUUUCUCAGGCAUUGUUGGGGCAUAAUCUCACAUUGUAAGCUCUUCUCAUGAAUUUAUUAGAUGUACUGUGGAAAGAAAAUGUAAACUCUUUGGGGAGUACAGGGAAGCCUGUCCGUCAAGGGUUAUGGAAGACAUAUCCAUGAUGGAGGCUGCUUCUCAUCUCUCCAUUACCUGUCUCUCAAAAUAGAAGUCAGGCCCACCUUCAGUUAGGGAGUUCUUGAGGCAGUAUAGAGGGACAGGACCAAUACAUUCCCAGGAAGGUGAAAUCAACUCAGUGUCCCUCAGCCACAAGGCUGCCCCAUUGGAGUGGUUUCCAAUCCUGUAUCCAGGACUCUGUGUGAUCACUGAUAACAGCAGAUCUGCAUUUGGUCCAGAGAACCCCACCCAGAACUUCUCUCUUUCUUAACCAGUAGCCGAGUCACUCCCACUGUCUCUGCGGCGACAAGCAUUGAGAAACAGGGGAGAACCCUAAAGCCAAAAUAAACCUCUUGCUAUAGAAGGUUCUCUAACACAACCCCCUUUAGUUCCAAAGACCAGAGAUGACCACGUGAGCAGAUUGGAAGGAUCUCUCUAGCUUCAGGAAGCCAAAUCAGGGAUAAUUUAGAUAGGACUAGAGAACAUCGUUUCACAUAUCACGGGAAUAAAUACCUUGGGUUACUAUAAUAGGAUUGCUUAUGGAGGGUCCAACUUCUUUUUCUGUGUGGGGGCGGUCCACCUCAGUUUUUCUUUCUCCCACUCUGCUUUUCUUUCAAGAUACCAAUCCUCUCUUCCUCCUCUUUUGAAGAUCUUUCUUUUUCUGCACCAACAGUGGGAGAAGAGGACUUCUCAGAUCUAACAAGCUGACAUACUCCCAAUAAAGCCAUAAAUUCAAAAGCUAAAAGUCUGGGUUCUCCUGGAGAACUCACUGACCUUAUGCAUAAUUUGCUGAAACAGGAAGUUGAAAGAAUGUCCUUAGGAAGAAACUGGUGACUUGGCCCAUCUGUCACAAAGCUCAUUCUACCCUCAUUUGAUUUACAGCAAUCAUUGAUUUGUGUUGCUCUGGGGAAAUUGGAAAUCAUUCUAUUGUAAAGAUAAAUAUGAAUUAUAUUUACAAGGAGAGAGCAUUUUAGGUCUGGGUUUCUGAAAGAAAACACAAUUGCACACUGAAAAUGAUGGAAGAAGAAAAGACGAUUGUCUCAUGCAUUCCUCAUUACCUCUCGUGCUUUUCGUGCUUUCGCUGGGAGUUGAAAAACUCAAAUUACAUGACAGUCCCUCUAAAGCUCUCUGUGGCUCCACCCACCGUUUUAUAUACAGUGUUGCAUGCUGUAGAAAGUAGCUACUGCUGUUUUUUUUUUAAUUUAAAUCACUAAGGCACUGUUUCUUGUUUUGUAAAAAAAUGUUGUUCACUGUGCACUUAAGGAGAAAAUAACCAAAAACGUUGUGAUUUUAGAAGUUCUUUUUUUGAUAAACCAAAGAUUUAGAAGUCAUUCCAUUGUUAACCUGUAAAUGUGUGUGAACACGGAGUGUUUUUGGUGACUGUGACUCUGAAAGCUGCCAGAUCUUACUGGGGCAGUGGGGGGGAAGGUGUAUGUAUAUAUAUACACACACAUGCAAAUGUGUAUAGAUGUAUACAUAUGUAUAUGUAUUUGUGUGUAUGUAUGUACACAUAUAAAUACACACACAUGUAUAUGUAUAUAUAGACACAUAUGCAUGUUUGUGUAUUUUGAAAAGCAGUGUUACAGAGUUCUAUACCAAAAACCUUUAAGCCUCAAUCUGCUGUGAAAUGAUAUGGCCUUUCUCACUACAAGUUCCUGAUUAACCAACCAGACUCCACGUUGCCUCUCUGUGUAUGACUAAGGGCUCCAGCCCGAUGACUCACAGCCACUUGCUUAUCAUCAACAUGCUCAUCUUGACAAUGAAUAUGGACGUGAAACGACAGAGGAGCUUCACCAUUAGUAGCUGGAAACAGUAAUACAGUAUCUUAUAGAAGAGCAUAAAAGGAACAUGAAAAUCGUUUUUACAUUCCUUGGUCUGCAUUGUGCUUUAAAAGACCCACCUGGUAAAUUUUUCAUUUUGCUUUUAUGUUAGUCAUCAGAACCAAAAAUCUAGAGGGAAAAAUUACCAGUCUUUUCUUUGAAGAUGAAGCGAUGGGGAAGAAAACCUUAUUAACACAUUCCUCACAUUUGUUUAUUCCUCAGAUAUUGAAGUUUUAUUUGGAUUUUGACAAAGCUUGCUGGUCAGUACAUUUUUCAUGUGCCACGUUGUGCAAUCUGUAUGUUAUUUUUUUCCCCUUACUUCCUUUGGAAAACAAACUCACGGUGUCCCUACUCGGAGACUCUGGUCUGAAUGUUAAUUAUUACUUCCUUUGGUGUCUCUAUCAGAAGGACUCACCCGGUUAGGAGGCCUCUGCACUUUGUCAGACUGUGCAUCUUCAUUGGGGUCUUUUUAGGAUACAAUCUGGGACUGACUGUCACGCCUCACAGUAGACAAACCAUAAGAUGGUUCCUGUUUGCUACUGUAAACCAACACACUCAACACAGAGCAGACCCAAGGAUUAUUGAUCUCGACCUCCUCUCAGAGUCUCCACAUACUAUAGUCAUGCUAUCUCUUCAUAGAUCAGAUGUGAGAUUUACGGGAUAAAACUGGGGAUAAUUGGGAGAAAACUGAUGAAGUUGGCAGCUCCCAGUGGAUCAGAUAAUCCAUGUUAAUUCAUCUGUCUCCUAUUGGGGAUUUUUAUUUUAAGUUCUCUUAAACUCUUCGUUGUGUCCUCUUUUCUGGUGACAAAUUGGGCAUGACUAAAAGAUGUACAGAUGUACUAAAAGAUGUACAGUGACUUAUGGAGAUAGCCACGUUCACAUUUCUUAGUGCUCUUAGAGCCUAAAAAUAACCACAUGUGGUUUUCUUAAGACUUCUGGAACCCCCAUGGUGAAGCAGACCUGAAGACAUUUGCAGCUAUUCCCAAUGCUGCUGUGGUCCUGUAGGUUCAUACUUAUCCAACGGAGUCAGAAAAUUCAUUUGUGCAAUGCUUUCAUUAUCCAGUGCUCAUUAGUGGUGGUCCUGCUUCUAACAAUGUUAUUGAGUUGACACACAUUAUAUUAUAAGGGAGAGAGAGAGGGAGGGAAGAAGGAAGGAAAGAAGGAGGGAAGGAAGGAAGGUGGGAUGGAAGGAAGCAAGGAAAGAAGGAAGGACUCAAAUUCAGAGACAGAGGAAAGGGGAAAGGAAGGAGGGAAGGAAGAAAAAGAAGGAGGAAAAGGAAGAAGGAAAAAAAAGCCCCCAAAUUCCUUAUGAACCUCUCAGUUCAACUCAGACACUGUUUUAUGAAAAGUCUGUUAGAAAUUUUCAGAUGAGAAGCCGUUCUGAACAAUGCAAUGAUUGCACCAGUAAGUGAGGAAACCAAGAGUGUCUCCACCUGAAUCGUCAAGAAUCUGUGAACUGGCAGCCUUUUGCCAUUCAAAACAUUUAUGUCCAAUCUGAAAAAUAAAAAUAAAACCUAUCCCAAGCAUUCAAGACAGUCUUUUUCAUAAAUUAUUUAUUUAAAACUCUAUCAGCUCUUCUAGAAAUGGAUCCUGGUCUGGCUGAACCUCCUGCAUCAAAUUUACUCAUAAUGGAUAAUUACUUGAUGUCUAACCUGUGCAAAGCAUGCAAAUCCCCGGAUAUCCAAUACCAAAUUGACUCAGUACAGUUGAUUCCGAUUUUGAGUGACUGGGAGUUGCAGUUGCUGUAAGCAAGAACAUGGGGAAUCUCCCAGUCCUCUAAUCAGAAACUCUGUAGCGCUGCCAAAAAAUAAAAAAUAAAAGAGAAAAAAAAAA